UAACUUAUAACUUCAUUAUAUCUUUUUCGAUAAUAAUAUGCAUGUAUAAUUAUAGUACUUACUUUGUUGAAGAGUAAAUAAUGCCUUUAUUGGUCUAAUGAUUAACAUACCAACCAUCAUAAUAGGAAAUAUUGCUAUAGAAUUACCCGCCAUAUACAUAAUAAAUAAAUUCAUUGGAAGUUGCUUAAGAGGUCCCAAAGCUAGAUCCCAUGAUUUUUUCAUUAUUAAAUGAUUAGAAUCUGUUUCUCUUAUAGAAUCCGCAGCAUGAAAUAAUGCAACAGCUGGUGUAUAACCAGGUGGAGCAGGAAUAUCUACAUUUCUGUCCUGUUUAUUCCUGAGAAAAAUAAUUUGACUUUUAUACUCAAUUAAAAAAUAAUUAAAUUGCAACAUAAUAUUUAUUUGUAAGAAAAACGUGUAAAUGAAAAAUAAUACCUUCAUAAUUCUUAAAUGCAAUUCUAAUCGUUUCAAUUUUCAAUAAUUUACAUUUCAAUGAAACGAUAAUACAUAACCUAUACAAUUUUUAAUUAUGUACUUAAGUACAUACCAAGAAAAAUGACAAGUCUUAAUGUCUAAUUGAUUUCUUAUAUUUUAUAUCAUGUAACGCAACAAAAUAAUAAAACUACAUUUUAAGUCAAUCAAAUUUAAAAUGCAAAUAUGUGAAUUAAAGACUACUAACUUGUGUGCGAAAUCCAGAGCCCAUUUUGAUCGUUUUGUAUUUUGUUUAACUGCCAUCAUUACUGUUGCAUAUAGCUUAUAAUUACCGUAUUAAUAUAUCGGUUUAUAAGUGUACAAUAAAACAAUCUAUACCAACAAUCCAAAAUCACUGAACGUUUGUAUUAUUAUAUGGUUCAUACAGAGGCGCAAGUUGUCCCUCUUUCCGAAACCUAUUUCAAAAGCACAUGCGCGAAAGAAAAUAGAACCAAUAAUGUUAAGGAAUGUCUUACAGAAUAUUCCUUGGAAGAUAAAAUGGAAACUUUAAAAUACAUGAUUGCUUAUAAUGCAAAAAGUAUACAAAAUGUACCACAAUAUAGAAAUAUUGUACCUAAACCUACUGUUGGUGUAAAGGAAUGUUUAGAAGCAAAUCAGGACACACAAUUUCAAACUCUUAUUUCUGAGUUAAGAAAUACUGUGAUGAACAGCUAUUGGAACAAGGAAGUUGGUAAAACACGCUAUAAUAUUCCAAAUCUUCCAAUUGGUUUAAAUCCAUGGGAAACAAAAUUUGGAAAAAAAAAUAAAUUUGAAACACCUAUUGCUGAACUACUUCAUGCACAUGAAAAUCAAAUUGGUAUUUUAAAUCCGGAUAUUCUUAACAUGUAUAAAAAAAGUCAUAAUAAUUAUCAACCUGCAGAACAAAUGAAAAGGAACUAUAAGGAACCAUUUAAUCCAAAUUCUUCCUUUGGACAAUCAAACAGUACUAGCAUUAAAAACACACAAGUGAAAAAACAUCUAACGUGGUGUAAUUCUAAUUCCUUUACACUUGUUAAUUCCAUUUUAGCAGAUUUUAAAACACGUUCGCAACCUUGUUUAGGAGAAGAUUACAUAGGAAUAUUACCAGAAGAAAGAAUCUUUUCUACAGUAGCUAAGUAUAAAAUGUAUUUAAACAAAGAAUAUUUAAUACCAUUACUGGAUCUUCUAUUGAUACGUAAAGACAAGAAUAUUAAUUACAAAAAAUUUUUAAAUCUUUUAAAUUGGAAAUAUGAUUUUCCCACAUUUCCAAAAGUAGAUAAAAUUUUAUUAGAGUGUGAACACUAUAAUACUGUCUAUAAUAAUACAAUUGGAAAUAUAAAAGAAAUAGGUAUUAUAAAAAAAGUUUUGCAUGGAUCUUUAGAAGAUAAAACAUUUAUGGCUUAUAAUCUCAUAUCUCCCACUAUUUUCACCAAAUAUGGGAUUAGCCACAAUGAUCUUUGCAAACUUCGCACUAAAGAAGAAAUAAAAGAUAUAUUUGAAAAUAUUGGAGUUCAAUUUCCUGAUGACAGUUUCAAUUUAAUUUGGGAGAAAGGAUUAGAAAAGUACAAUACACAAAAUUUGUCAGUGGAAACUUUUAAAAAUUUAUGUGAUCGAAGUGACAUGAUAGUUGAAAUGGAUAAAGAGAUUAAUUAAUAAAUGAUAAUCAAUUAUUCAGUGUCCAAAAUAAAAUUAAUAUUUUCAACAACUUAUUACAUUUGAAAUACAAAAUUUAUUUAAGCUAUAUACAGUAAU